UCGGAAGCUGACUAAGGACCAUGGCUCGCACGAAGCAAACCGCUCGCAAGUCCACCGGGGGAAAAGCACCGCGGAAGCAGUUGGCCACGAAGGCAGCUCGCAAGAGUGCGCCGGCCACCGGAGGAGUGAAGAAGCCGCACCGAUUCCGGCCGGGGACCGUGGUGCUGCGCGAGAUUCGCCGCUAUCAGAAGUCGACGGAGUUGUUGCUGCGGGAGCUGCCCUUCCAGCGGUUGGUGCGCGAGGUCGCCCAGGACUUCAAGACGGAUCUGCGGUUCCAGAGUUCGACCGUGAUGGCGCUGCAGGAGGCCUGCGAGGCGUAUCUGGUGGGUCAGUUCGAGGACACGAACCUGUGCGCGAUCCACGCCAAACAUGUCACGAUCAUGCCCAAGGACAUCCAACUAGCUCGUCGCAUUCGCGGCGAGCGCUUCUGA